ACAUUAGGUUGUUUUAGGCGCCCAAGGCGUAUGCGACAUGUAAAAUGCCUUUUUACGGUGUUCGAGUCGGUCGUGGCAUCGGCGUCUUCUCGAGUUGGUGAGUCCCAUGAAGUUUUUAACUAAGAAGUAAUUGGGUCUGAGUGCAAAAAACUUGUAAAGGGCUACUCCGGAGCUUGCUUUAAGAAAUUCACUUCCUACGAUGAAGCUACAAAGUUUGUUGAAGCUGGACAUGAGGUCGGAACCGUACUCUCGAGAAAGCGAAAGAUUGGAAUCAUGAAUGAUGACCUGGAUGGUCGAGGUAUGGCGUUUAAUUGCUACACAUUGAAACAAGAUCUAUUACUGACCAAGCUAUCUCCUGAAGAGCAUUAUAUCAGUAAUGACCAUGUUCCAAGCACUCUGACAUUUUAUCAUGAUGCAUCAUGCCUGCGACGUGUGAUGGUCUAUACUGAUGGUUCAUGUAAUGGUGCACAUGAUGAUCGUCGUGCUGGUUAUGGUGUUUACUGGGGACCCAAUCAUCCAUGGAAUGUCUCUGAGCGGUUAGAAGGAGAGCAAACAAAUAAUAGAGCAGAAAUUGAGGCUGUGAUAUGUGCAAUUAAACAGGCACACAUUGGUGGUAUCACUCAUUUGGGAAUAGUUACUGAUAGUAAAUUCACUCAAAACUGUGCAACAGAAUGGGGUCAACGAUGGGCGCGAAAUGCUUGGAAAUUAGCCAAUGGUGAAGAUGCUAAAUUAAAAGAACCAGUUAAACGAUUACUUGAAGUUAUCGCUGAAUCAGGAAUUGAAAUAAUUUGGGUAUCUGAAUUGUUUGUUGGUCAAAAUGGAAUCCUGUCAACUCCAGCUGCAUCAUUCAUAAUUCGUAAGCAUCAAUUGAAUGGUGGUAUUCUUCUAACAGCUAGUCAUAAUCCUGGUGGACUAAAUGCAGACUUUGGUAUUAAGUACAAUUGUGGGAAUGGUGGACCAGCACCAGAGAAAUUAACAGACGCUAUUUUUGCACAAAGUCAAAAAUUGACUUCUUAUAAAACUGUCAAGGAACCAUUAAAUAUUCAGUUGGACUGUAUUGGUUCAACGAAAUAUACAUUAUCCAAUGGUCAAACUCCCAUGGUAACCAUCAUAAGCAGUGUUUCUGAUUAUGCCGAUUACAUGCGCACAUUGUUCGAUUUUGAUGCUAUUACAACACUAUUGACUGGUUCGCAUGAGCGUGAACCAUUUAAAUUGCUUGUCAGUGGUCUUAAUGGAGUCAUGGGACCUUAUAUUCAUGAGAUAUUAUGCAAUCAACUUGGAUUAAAUUCAGAGUUAGCUAUUAAAUCUCAACCAUUAGAAGAUUUUGGCGGUGGUCAUCCUGAUCCAAAUUUGACUUAUGCGGCAGAUCUUGUCCAAAUGAUAGUGGCUGACUCAUCAAUUGCAAUGGCAGCUGCUUUUGAUGGUGAUGGUGAUCGAAAUAUGCUGAUUGGUCGACACGGGUUUUUUGUAUCACCAUGUGAUUCAUUAGCUGUGAUUGCAGAUAAUACAGAUUGUAUUAAAUAUUUUCAAGAGAAUGGUGUUCAUGGAUUUGCACGAAGUAUGCCUACUAGUAGGGCACUUAAUCUUGUCUGUAAAAGUCGAUCAAUGCAAUGUUACGAAGUUCCAACAGGAUGGAAAUUUUUCGGUAAUUUAAUGGAUGCUAAAUUAUGCUCUUUAUGCGGUGAAGAAAGUUUUGGCACUGGUUCUGAUCAUAUACGUGAAAAAGAUGGUUUAUGGGCAUUACUUGCAUGGUUGUCUAUUUUGGCUAAACGUAGUCAAAUUGGUUUGCCAGUAGAUGUCGAGUCAAUUGUAAUGGAACAUUGGAAAAAAUACGGAAGAUAUUUUUUCACUAGAUACGAUUAUGAAAAUUGUGAAUUAAGUCAAGGUGAUGAAAUUAUGAAUGAAUUAAAGAAUUUAGUUGGCAAUAAUAGAAUAUCAGGUCAUGUGUAUACCACUGUCAGUGGACGACAGUUCGUUUGUGAUUUUUGUGAUAAUUUUUCAUAUGUGGAUCCAGUUGAUGGAAGUCACACAACAAAUCAAGGUUUUCGCCUAAUUUUUAAUGAUGGAACACGAUUCGUGUAUCGUUUAAGCGGUACAGGCAGUAGUGGUGCAACACUUCGAGUGUAUGUUGACACUUAUGAAUCAGAUCCAGCUAAACAUACAAUUGCUUCACAGGAAUAUUUGAAACCCCAUAUUGAAUUAGCAUUGGAAUUAUGCGGUGUAGCUAAAAUCACUGGUCGAAUAGCUCCAGAUGUCAUCACAUAAAACGUUUUAUCCUACAAAGCUGUUGAUUUCCCACCUUUGCUAUACAGCCCAUUCAUGAUGAUUAAUUAAACAUAACACUGAUGAUUGUCAUUCUUAGUCUUUUGGACCUAGAAACGGAUGCGAUCAUGGUAAUUAAACGAACCUUGCCCUCCUCCAAUUAGCAUUGAUUCUUCCUAUCAUCACUAUUAUAAAUUCUCCCGUAUAUUAAUAUUGUUCCCGUCGGUUAAUGAUUACUACAUCUGUCCUGUUCAAUCAUUUAAAUAAAACAUCAUUAUCCCAACCUGAUGAACCUGUCGCUGCCGCUGUCAUCCUUCUCGUAAUAUUUAGAUGAUAAGAUCAUGAUGCAUUUGCUCAUCGUUUAAAUCUUUCGCUAUGUCCAUCCCCUGUGGUUCAACAUCUGUUUAGAAGUGAUUUUCUCAAUAGUUUAUGCUGAAUCAUUUAUCUAUCUAUAGCCAUGCUUCGUUUUUCUCAAGCAUAUGAUUGUUUUAGUAGCCUCUCUUUAAGUUUUCUCUCUCAUCAUCUAGUCUUGUUUUUAUUUUAAAAAUAGUGUAUUUUUCGUGCCUUUAAUACUUAAUUUCAUUUGUUUUAGUAGAUAAAUUUUCAAAAACGUGAUUACACUCCUGCCUACUGAUUAAUAUUACACGGUGAGACGAACAAUACUUUAGUUAUU